CGAUUAGUCAGCCUGUUCACAGCCAUUGUUUAGUUAAUUCAGUGCCAAGUGAGUUUUGUCAGAUAUUUCACAAUCAUGUCCAGCUGACUGGUAUAAAUCUGACCAGCAGCUGUUACAGCCAACCACAUUAAUCUGCAGUCACAGCUGACCAAUAGACUGGAGCUACAGUAGCCAUGGGCAUCAGAACAGCAAGUUUCAUUCUGUUCUCUCUCCUGGGAGUAACCAUCACUCAUGGUGAACCAUUGCAGUGCGGUGGCGUGUUUACUGAGUCGGAAGGGGAGUUCUUCAGCCCUGACUACCCUGCUCCCUACCCCAACCAUGCCAACUGCACCUGGACCAUCCAGAGCACAGGGAACCGGAUCAUAGAGCUCACCUUCCCCUUCAUGGAGGUGGAGCACAAGAACUGGGAUGCGGACUGUACAUUUGAUUCCAUCAGUGUGUACGAUGGAUCCAUGUCAGACAACCGACUGCUUGCGAAGGUCUGUGGUGAUGAACCACGCUCCUUCAACUCCACCCGAAAUGAGCUGACCGUGCACUUUAGCAGUGACGCCACCUUUCCAGAGAAAGGCUUCCAUGCCAAAUGGAGCUUUACAGAUGUUCCGUCUCUGUCAGAAUAUCCAGUUGUAGAUAAAGUGACACCAGGUGUAGAGCCCACAGAUAUCGAGUGUGGUGGUGAUUUGACUGAAGCCGAAGGUAAAUUCUCCAGUCCCAACUACCCAAAACGGUACCCCAACAGUGCCAAUUGCACCUGGUCCAUCAGGAGCACAGGGAACCGCAUCAUCGCCCUGACAAUUCCUACCUUGAGACUUGAGGCUGACUGGCUCCCUGCUCAGUGCAGGUUUGACUCGGUUAGUGUGUACGAUGGUCCCGCCUCUGACAAGCGACUGCUCGGCAGACUCUGUGGCACACAGACUGGCAACUAUAAAUCUACGAGGAACGAGCUGACUGUAGUCUUCUCCUCUGACUCCAGUACCACUCAGAAGGGCUUCACAGCAGAGUACAGCUUCAUUGAUGUUCCCAGUUUAUCAGAAUAUCCAGCUAUAGUUCCUACUGAGGCCCCAACGGAAUCGGUGACGGAAGACAUAGAUCCCAUAGAUAUCAAGUGUGGUGGCGAGUUGGCUGAAACUGAAGGCAAUUUCUUCAGUCCCAACUACCCAAAGUAUUAUCCCAAUAAAGCCAAAUGCACCUGGUCCAUCAAGAGCACAGGGAACAGCAUAAUCGCCCUGACAAUUCCUACCUUGAGACUCGAGGCUGACUGGCUUCCAGACUGCAGGUUUGACUCGGUUAGUGUGUACGAUGGUCCCGCCUCUGACAAACGACUGCUUGGCAGACUCUGUGGCACACAGACUGGCACCUUUAAUUCCACGAGGAACGAGCUGACUGUAGUCUUCUCCAGUGACUCUAGUGGCACCUUCACUGGCUUCAAAGCAGAGUACAGCUUCAUUGAUGUUCCCAGUUUAUCAGAAUAUCCACCUAUAGCUCCGAAGAAGGACCCAACAGGUACAAAUUGUGGGGGUCUGCUUGUGGAGCCCAAGGGUGAAUUCUUCAGCCCCAACUACACUGCAGCCGGCUACCCGAAGAACGCUCGCUGCACCUGGACCAUCCAGAGCCCAGGGGACAAGGCCAUAGAACUGAACUUCCCCUUCAUGGAAGUAGAGUCCCGUCACUGGGACCCAAAGUGUUCCUUUGACUCCAUCAGUGUGUAUGAUGGCCCACUGGAAAACGAUCAUCUGCUGGCCAGGCUGUGUGAUAACCAAAAUCCAUCUGUCAAGUCCACCACAAAUGAGAUGACAGUUAUCUUCGUCAGUGACUCCUCCAUCUCUAGAAAGGGGUUUCAUGCUGAAUACAGUUUUAUUGAUAUGGCAUAAUUACCCACCUAAGCAUGAAUUUAAAAUCUGCACCAGCAACAACCCUUUGGAGCAUCCCUACCUUGGAUCUCUGGCCUGAAUAUCAACCCCACAAAUGCCAAAUCCAAAACUUACAUGAACCACUUUAGGACUACUAUCAUUUUUACAUUAAAAUACAGUUUUGUUCAUA